AUGUCUAAGGGCUCUGCAUCUGUGCUAGAGGCGUCUCGACAGACCCUGGAACCUCCCUCCUACACAUUGCUGUCACAUGCCCAUAAGUUUGACCCCUGUAACAACAUAAGGCUAUAUGUUUAUGUCAAUCUUGUUCUGGGCAAUGUAAGUGUGACUCUCCUGACUCUCCUGAGCAAACAGUCAAAGAAAGAAAUGAAUGAGAAAUUCAAGCUGUGCCUCACGGUUUUACUCCUGCUAUUCUCCUUCGUGUGUUAUUUCUUUGUGAGCUACAGAUUUGUUAACGCGAUCCUCAAUUUCUUGCUGGUGUGGUACUACUGCACAUUCAGUGUACAGGAAAGCAGCCUCAUCAGCAAUGGGUCCAGGAUCAAAGGCUGGUGGGUUUUCCACCAAUACGUCUCAGCCUUUCUGUCUGGAGUAAGGCUGACAUGGCCUGAUGGAUACCUGUACCAGAGUUUCAGGAACCAAUUCCUCGCCUUUUCUUUGUAUCAAAGCAUAGUUCACUGUAUGCAGUACUACUAUCAGAGCGGCUGUCUGUACAGACUAAGAACCCCGGGAGAAAGACACAAAAUGUACCUGACUGUGGAAGGAUUUCAGUCCUGGAUGUGGCGAGGGCUGACAUUUCUUCUGCCCUUCCUGUUUUUUGGUCAUUUUUGGCAACUCUACAACGGACUCUCUCUGUUCAGGAUGGAUCGGCUCCAAGACUGUAAAGCAGGGGUCUCAAUGUGUGCGAUCUCCUUCCUCAUUCUGUUCAUGGGCAACUUCCUCACUACUGUUGCAGUAGUCCACACCAAGUUCAGCAGCAAGGACCAGGAAAAACCCAAGGGUCAGUGA